CACGAGUACACGAGAACGCAAGUACGCACAAGUACGCAUAUUGAUAAACGCCCAUAAGUACAGAGGAGCAUAGUAGUGUAGGUGUGUGCCAUCACUUCAGGUACUUCUCCUUCACACAGGUGUGAGAAGAAAAAACAACAACAUAUGUACAGAUAGAUGUAAUUUGUAACUACAUACAUGCAGAGAGAGGACAAUCAAAAACACAUAUGGUAGCAGAUGGUGACAUAAGUACGUGUUACUUUACAGAGUAAAAACAUUCAUUCAUUCAAUAGUGAAUAUCAGUAAUAUCCAUCCUUAUAGAACUCUCACAGCGAAGCCAUUUCCCCCAGUGCUUCAUACAUGUCUCAUACUCUGAAGUCACUAAAGUAAUCUUUUCCAUCUUAUAAAUCUGUUAAGUUACAUCCGUCCAGCUGUGUAAUGUUGGUGGAUCCUGUGUUGGCCAUCUUUUGGUCAGCAGCACACCAAGUAUUUAUCUACAGCCUGUAUGUCUGAGGGGGUGUGUCCUACAAACAUGGAUUUGAAAUCAAAGAGUAAAUAUGUGCCAAAGAUCUUUUGCAUCACUUUAUGAACGUCUCUGCGGUAGUUCUUAAUAUUCUUACAGUCCCAACACACAUGGCAGUGGUGUGCUGCCUCGUAGCCACAGUUGCUCCAUCAUCAUAGUGAGAGCUGGGUAAUGAAACUGUUGACUGAUUGUUGAAAUCAUGAAGACUUUUGUAUAUUUGUGAUAUUACAGCUUUCUUAGUUUCUGACCUUUAAGUAUUUAUAAAGAGUUGGAUGAACGGCCUCGCUGCAGUGGUUUUUGAUCUUUAAUGUUUCAAGUAUAGGGCUGGGCCAUAUCAUAGCGUUCACGGUAACACAGGUAUAAUGUUGGGCAACGAUAAGAAAAUGAAAUAUAGCGAUAGAAUAUGGGUAAAACGCGCAUGCGCAGUGCCUUUGUUUUCAUACGCACAUGGCGGAAAAAGCAUGGCGGCAACGGAGAAUGAGAAGGGCGAAAGCGGAUCGUUAAAUGAAACGGAUGAACCAGAACUGGAGGAGCAGCUCUGUGACCUGAAGAUGAACUCCAGUGAGGACCAGGAGGAGCCGACGCCUCUACACAUUAAAGAGGAACAGGAGGAAGUGUGCACCAGCCAGGAGGAUGAGCAGCUCGUCCUGAAGGAGGAGGCCGACGCCUUCUUGGUGACUACUUUUGGUGACAGUGACCACAGUGAACUAGAGGCUAACGGUCACCAGCUUCUCUCUGACGGCGCUCCCGGCAGCUCUCCGGUGUCAGAGAGUCAGCGUGACGCCGACCUGAGUAAAAAGCCUUUUAAAUGUAAUGUUUGUGGAAAAGCCUUUAAGAAAAACUCUUACGUAAAGGAACACCAGAAAAUCCACUCGGGCGAGAAGCCGUAUACUUGCCAAACAUGUGAGAAGAGUUUCACUCGGAGGGCUCACCUGUUGGGUCACAUGAGAACCCACACGGGCGAGAAGCCGUAUUCCUGUGAAACGUGCGGGAAAGGUUUUACUCAGAGCAGUCACCUGCUGAGCCACAUGCGGCUUCACACGGGUGAGAAGCCAUACGCUUGUGAAAUAUGCGGGAAAGGUUUUAUUCAGAGGGGGCACCUAUUGGUCCACGUGAGAACGCACACCGAUGAGAAGCCGCACACCUGUGAAGAAUGUGGGAAGAGUUUCCGAUUCAGCGGCACUUUGUCGGUGCACAUGAGAACGCACACGGGCGAGAAGCCGUAUUCUUGCAAAGCCUGUGGGAAAAGUUUCCGUCAGAAAAAGAUUCUGUCCGUGCACAUGCGCACUCACACGGGCGAGAAGCCGUAUUCCUGCGAAACGUGCGGUAAAGGUUUCGCUCAAAAAAGCGAUCUGACGAUCCACGAGCGAACGCACACGGGCGAGAAGCCGUAUCCCUGCAAAGCCUGUGGGAAGAGCUUCCGCCAAAAAAACAUCCUGUCCGUGCACAUGAGAACGCACACGGGCGAGAAGCCGUACUCAUGCAAGAGCUGCGGGAAAAGUUUCCGUCAGAAGAGCAUCCUGUCCGUGCACAUGAAGACUCACGCGGGCGAGGAGCUGUAUCACUGCGAUGCGUGCGGCACCACUUUUCCGUCCAGUCGCAGCUUGUUGGAGCACCUGGACACUCACACAGGUGAGGAGUCGUAGCUUGGAAAGCUGCAGGUCAGAGUGAAUAUGGGAGCGGGGUGUUGGCGUCUGUCUCCCGCCUGGACUUUUGGCUCCGACGGCAAAGCAGCUCGUCAGCUGGUGUCAUUCACACAGCCGUUUUCCUUUGCUUUGUGCAUCCAAACCUAACCGUACCAACGCGCUCUGUUAUUCCUGUCAUGUUCUCAUCUACGGUUCCUGACCUGGAUUCUGUCAUGGCUGCGAUCCUCCCGGUUUCAUUUUACCCUUCGUGCUUCAUACUUAAGGUAACUUUGUAUCAUUUUGGACUUUAGAGGUGACACUAACAAAGUGUAGAUUGUUGUUAUUGUAACCUGUAUAAAUAAAGUUUCUUCUAAAUUGUCA